UCAAAGUGGGCCACGCUCGGCGACGUGAACCGCGAGGAGAAGGAAACGACGCGUCCGCGAUGUCUCGCGUGACCUUGCAGUUCCUCAAAACGUAAAUUUGUUCCGCGUCGAGCCCAACGUUAAGCUCGCGGCAGUUUGUGAACACGGCGGAGCCUUGCUUCGCGUUAGCAUGAGCGCGACGUGACGAGUCGCGUCAAAGCGGAGGAACUGCUGACUUUGCGACGACCGCUCUCGUUUCACGCGAGAAGAAGCGGCACAGGAAGAAGAAUGUCGGCCAAGCAGGCGUCCGUGCACGCCAAAUGGAUCAUCGGCAGAGUUAUCGGAACCAAAAUGACCAAGACCGCCAAAGUGCGCGUCACCAGGCUCGUGCUGGACCCCUACCUGCUCAAGUUCUACAACAGGAGGAAGACCUACUUUGCGCACGACGCGCAGCAGCAGUGCACGGUGGGCGACGUGGUGCUGCUCAAGGCCCUGGUCGAGCCGCGUUCCAAACACGUCAAGCACGAGCUGGCCCAGGUGGUCCACAAGGUGGGUCGCGGCGUCGACCCGCUGACGGGCAAGCGGGUGGCCGGCGUCCACUUCCUGGAGCCGCCGGACGAGCUUCACGCCGAGGCCGAGACUUUGGCCCGCAAAGUCCAAAGCUUGAACAUCACGGCCGACGCGUCCAUGUCAAGGGACGAUGGUUUGAAGGAGCUUCCCUAGGUUUUGCCGAGCGCUUCUCCUCAUCCGAGUUGCGGGCGAGCUGCGAGCUAUGCCGGAUGAUUUUGUGCCAGAGGCGGGCGCAGGACGCAUGUGGACGAAUAAGCAUUCCCGCAAUCACUUCUUGAUGAAACAUGAAGCGUGAUCCAAGUGUGUUGGAGGAAUCUGGAGAAAAGCGGCGACGGAUCGCAACCCGACGCUUCAAAUCUUGACGGCGCGCAUGCUCACUACGAGGACCUCCAAGGGGCUGCCUGGAAAGUACUUUUCAUGCUGUACUCCAUGAAAACAAAGACAAAUCCCAGUGCACUUGGACUUUUUGCAUAUUCGUGUCCUUGCGUUGACCAUUAAAUCUAAGUUGACAAUAAAAAGCGCAACUGGC